AUGUUGGAGCAUGGACGAGACAAGGUGGAGACAGAAGCAAUGGCGAAGGUGAAAGGUGUUGAAGCAUAUGAGACAAGAGAUGUGACAAGGUGGAGACAGAAAGUAGCAGAGUUAAAGCCAGAGGGCUCCAGCUUGCUUGAGGAGUGGAAUGAGUGUGCCGUUGAUGUGGGUGGCCAUGAGGGUCUGGAUGCCGCCGAGGAACUUUCCACCCACGAAGACGGCGGGGAGAGGCUGGUUCACUCCGGCGAGCUGGAAGAGCAGGGCGCGGAUGGCGGGGCCGGCGGCGUGGUGGUCGAGCUCCACCACCGUGGGGCCGACCCCGAGGCUGAAGAGCAGGCGUUUGGCCACCGUGGACAUGCAGCAAUCGGUGGAGCUGAACACCACGACGGCGUUGCACGACGUGAGGCGCAGCACCACUUCGUACGGGCCCAUCGGUGCCUCCAUUUCUUCCAUCCUCAUUCGUAG